AAUUUUAGAUAAAAUAAUCUCCAAUUAGGCAAUUACCGUUUCUAAGAACAACUAAAUCUAUGUGUGACGCAAAAAGCAAUCUCUAGUUCAUUAUGCGUUUGAACCAAUUUAUUUCUUUUUCGGUAUUCAAAACAUCUUUAUUUGGUCACCUACAACACCGCUAAAACUACUUUAGAAAUAGGUGUUUGAUAUUACCAAACUGCUUAUGUAGUCCGUCGUUCAUGUGUUGCUGUCUAGUCUCUGGUUGUGGGCUCUCUUUGUUCUUUUCCUUUGUUUUAUUAUCAAGUUUUAAUUCAUUAAAUGUUUUUGAAAAAAAUGUUGAAAUUAUAAAAAAAAAAAAAAUCAAUGCUUCAGAGAGAAAAUGCUAACACCUACUUGUUUUGCAUGCAUCUAUAAUAAAUGAGAGAAGGGAUUUUCUUGAAAAAAAUAUGGGUUUUUCAUUUUUGAAAAGCAUUUUUGUUUAGUUUAUUUUUUUUGUCAUAUUAUUAUGAUUAGUGUUUUGCAAGUUUUGUUGUUCAUUAAUGAAAUUUAUUUUUCAUAAAUGGUAUAAAUGGAUUGAAGAAGGACUAAGAAAAACAUUCAAAAAGUUGCUAUUUUCAUACUGUUCAGCCAAUUUUCCUGGAAUAAACAAGCAUUGGCUAAACCCAAUUCAAAACUUUUUUUUAGAGGACGAAGGAAAAAACAAAACGAGAUAGACGUUAAAUUCAGAGCUGAUUUUGUUUUGUUUGGUUUCUAAGAAAAAAAAGAAAGAAAAAAAAAAAAAGAAAAAAAAAAUCUAUGCCGUUUCCAUCAGUCGGAUAAUGCGAACGGAAAAGUCAAACGGGGCAUUGAGUCGUUAGUUGGAGCCUGCUUUUUAGCUCUGUAGCCUAGCUCAUGCACCAAAUUGAAAUUAAAUUUUAUUAAAAAAUUCACGUCAUCCCCCAUAGAGCUAAAAAAAAAAUCAAAAAAGAAAAAGAAAAUUAUAGAGUAGCCUUUUUCACACUUCUCAUUUAUUUAUUUUCUUGGCCUUGAGUUGAAUUUAAUGUGGGUCUGGAGUCCGGAUCAGAUAGAGAGAAGAGAUCAAGCAAGAAGACUUAAGAAAAAGAGAAAAGAAAGAGAAGACAGUUUUUACUUCAAUAGUUUUGACUUUGAUCCCUUCCCAGUGACCUUUUUUUUUGUUCUGUUAUGUAAAAAAGUUGUCUGGGUUUUUUGUUUUUGAUCUUGUCUUUGGAUUCGCUGCAUGUUUCAGAUCUUUGGUGGGUUCUGAAGCUAAAGCUAUGGUGGUUUGAUCAGAUUCAGCUUUUAGAUUUAAGGCCUUGACUUUUGGAAGCAGCCACAGGCGCAUAACAGCGAAGUAUUAUUGCCAGAAAUCUUCAAAACAGAUUAUAAUUGAGGUGGCUUUGUCCUCUACUUGAAAAAUGUCAUUCCGUAGCAUAGUUCGUGAUGUGAGGGAUAGUUUUGGGAGCUUGUCUAGGCGGAGUUUUGAUGUUAGACUCAUGGGGCACCACAGAGGAAAAUCUCAUGGUUCUUUACAUGAUUUCAAUGAUGAGCCUCUUGUAAUUCAGAACAGCUGUUGGGCUAAUCUCCCACCAGAGCUACUAAUUGAUGUGAUCAAGAGGUUGGAAGAGAGUGAGAGCACGUGGCCUACUCGAAAGAGUGUUGUUGCAUGUGCAUCAGUUUGCCGAUCGUGGAGAGUCAUCUGCAAAGACAUUGUUAAGAGUCCUGAAUUCUGUGGGAAGCUUACUUUCCCAGUGUCUCUGAAGCAGCCUGGGCCACGCGAUGGAACCAUCCAGUGUUACAUUAAGAGGGAUAAAUCGAAAUUAACUUAUCACCUCUUUCUGUGUCUUAGCACUUCCUUGCUAGUUGAAAAUGGGAAAUUCCUUCUUUCUGCUAAAAGGACACGCAGAACUACUUCUACGGAGUAUGUCAUUUCUAUGAAUGCUGACAACAUUUCAAGAUCAAGCAGCAGUUACAUUGGAAAGCUGAGAUCAAACUUCCUCGGUACAAAAUUCAUAAUAUAUGACACCCAGCCCGCCUAUACCUCUGCUCAUGUUCCUCCACCAGGCCGUUCAAGUCGAAGAUUUUACUCCAAGAAAGUUUCCCCUAAAGUCCCUACCGGCAGCUAUAACAUAGCUCAGAUUAGUUAUGAACUAAAUGUUCUUGGCACCCGGGGCCCACGAAGGAUGCAUUGCAUCAUGCAUUCUAUCCCUGCCUCAGCUCUUGAUGCUGGUGGUUGUGUCCCUGGCCAGCCGGAGCUUCUUCGCCACCCAUUAGAGGACUCGUUCAGGAGCAUCUCCUUUUCAAGGUCUCUUGAUCAUUCUGUUGAGUUCAGCAGCUCUCGGUUUUCCGAGAUAGGUGUGUCUCAUGAUGAUGAUGAGGAUGGGAAAGUGAAACCGUUGAUCCUCAAAAACAAGCCCCCUAGAUGGCACGAGCAAUUACAAUGUUGGUGCCUGAAUUUUCGUGGGCGUGUAACUGUUGCAUCUGUUAAGAACUUUCAGUUGAUUGCUGCCACACAACCAGCAGCUGGUGCACCCACCCCAUCUCAGCCUGCCCCACCUGAUAUUGAUAAGAUAAUCCUACAGUUUGGCAAGGUUGGCAAAGAUAUGUUCACUAUGGAUUACCGUUAUCCCCUAUCUGCAUUUCAGGCCUUUGCAAUCUGCCUGAGCAGCUUUGACACGAAAUUGGCUUGUGAAUAGAAUGAUAAAAUGAUAAUUAUGGCCUGCAAAACACAUAAAAAGAUUAAUGACCAUCUUUUAAUUCUCUUUUCCCAUUUUCAUUAUCUCCUGUUGCCACUUCUUCCCUUAGUUUGAUCAUUAGUAGGAUGGAAAAUUGAUACUGUUGUGUUGUUGUAAGCCUAAUUUUUAUCUUUGGUGCCGCCUUAAUGACAGCUUGCAUCAUGGUAAGCCCUAAGCCUCUUCACUUCUGUUGUAAUUUCUUUAUUAAUUCAUGAAUGAUUAAUCAGUUACAUGUUUCUCCU